CCCCCUCCUACCAUGUUAGAACUUCACGUAUGGGGCGACGACUCUAUCUCGCCAAUCUCACCAGAAUCGCUCGCCUCCGCAUAUUUUCUAGCGUCGCACUUGGCGCCCGCACAGUUCUCCAUCGUCACAUCGUCAAACACGAAUCUCUCGCCGACGGGCCAGUUGCCGGUGUUGCGUGAUGACAAGCGCAUCGUGGACGGGUACACUGACAUUGUUGCGUAUGUGACGCAGCACUACUCCGCGGACGCACGUAUCGCGGAGCUCACGGGCGAAGCGACUUUACUUAACGACGGCGUCAUCGCGUACAUCCGCGACAAAUUGCAAUACAUCACUCAGUUUGUGCUCUACAUCGACAGCAAUAACUACACAAACUUCACGCGUCCGUUGUUCCAGAGAUACUUGCCGUUUCCCAUGAUGUACAACCAGCCGCUCAAGUUCUAUGACGCCGCUGAGGAGGCGUGCGAGAGCAUCGGCCUCAAGGUGCCCAAUGCCGGAUUUCUCAGUCACAUCGGGUUUGUGGGCGACGCGCGCGAAGAGGAUAUGCGCGAGGCGGAUGUGGGUGCGGACGACGUCGCGUUGAGCCAGUUGCAUGCGACACAGAUGUUGAAGCGUAAGGAGGAGAAGAGCGUGCUUGCGAACACGGCCCAGAUGCUCCGCUGCCUACGCUUCUUCAAGGAGUACAUGGACGACAUUGUGCUGAUAUUGGGCGCGGAGAAGUAUGCCUUUGGCGAUAAGAUAUCCACGUGCGAGAUCUUGUUGUACGCACACUUGGAAUGCAUGUCGUUUCCCGGGCUUCCAAAUCAGGCAGUUGGUACGUAUUUUGAAGAGAAGUAUCCUGAGUUGCAUCAGCGGUUUGUUGUGGUGAAAACAGAGCUUGAUGCGCGGUUACGCGCAGUGGUAGUGGAGCGUGCAAGUGAUGAGGAUGCGCCAACGUUGGUUAACGAGGUACGUUUUGUCGCGGGUAGGUUGUUCACGAAACCGAGCGCGAGGAAUGAAGUAGUGCUUUGAAGUGAGAGGAUGUGUGUGACGUGAGUAUGAGACAAAUACUGGCCAAGAGAUGAAAGGCGAAGUGAUGAGGAACCAACGUGAAGUUGGGUAGUGAACAUGGGUAUAAAUACCUGACCUUUUGAUUUUAUUCAGUUACAUGACCUGCCAUAUAAAAUGAAACACACGAGGGUUGUGAGACUCGCUAGAUUAUUUAAUCUUUGGCUGUUGUGCUUGGCUGUUGUGCCCAGCUGUUAGUGUAAUUGUUUUAUAUUAUAACUGACUGUAUAUAAUUUCAUGUUAAAUUUCAACAAAUAUGGAAGAAAGCAGGAUUAUAACGGCC